AUGUUGCCCAGUUCGAUUCAUUCUCAAGGUGGAGUUUGGGGACAAAACCUUCCAUUCAAUCAACAGCUGGAACAUAUUUGUGAUCCCAGAAAGGCAGAGAAAGCUCUAAAACUUGAUGAUUGUAAUAAGUCAUUUAUGGAACCUGCUACAGUUAUCAAGCCGAACUGGUCUAUAAUAGAUAGACCAUACAGUUGUGAUGUUUGUAGUAAAUCAUUUUCUAAGAAGUGUCAUCUGACUAGACAUUUUAAAACACAUACUGGAGAGAAACCUUAUAAAUGUGAUGUUUGUAUUAAAUUAUUUACUACGAACUCUCAAUUGGCCAGUCACAUGAGAACACAUACUGGAGAAAAACCUUUUGAAUGUGGCAUUUGUAGCAGAUUUUUCACUACAAAGGCACAGUUAACUGGUCAUAUCCGAACUCAUACUGGAGAGAGACCGUUUGGUUGUGAUGUUUGUGAUAAGUCAUACACUACAAGCAGUGCUCUUACUCAGCAUAUAAGAACUCAUUCUGGAGAGAAACCUUACAAAUGUGAUGAUUGUAUGAAAUUCUAUAGCACACGAAAUGCUUUAACGAAACAUUUACGCACACAUAAUGGAGAAAAACCUUUCAAAUGUGGCAUUUGUGAUAAAUCAUUUACUACAAAUUUUGUGUUAACUAAUCAUGUGAAAAAACAUUUAGGAGACAAACCAUUUCAAUGUAAUGUUUGUGAUAAAUCCUUUACAACUAAUAGUGAUUUAACUAGUCAUAAUAGAACACAUGGAGAAAAGCCUUAUAAAUGUGGAAUCUGUUUGAAAUCAUUUGUUACUAGAAUGGAUUUGACUAGACACAUUAGAACUCAUACUGGAGAGAAACCCUAUACAUGUGUUUAUUGUAGUAAAUCUUUUAACAGAAACAGUAAUUUAACAAAACACAUUAGAAUACAUACAGGAGAGAAACCUAAAACAAAUAAUGUAUUAAGUAACUCCUUUACUACGAGCGACUCCUUAAAAAUGCGCUUUAUGCCAAAAACUAAGGAGAAAGAUUGCACAUGUGGUGUUUGUGGGAAAUCAUUUAUGACAUUUAAACAGUUGAUUUCACAUAUAGGAACACAUACAUCUUUAUAUCUAGCAAUAUAG